GGGGUGCAAAGUGUCAAUCACUCAAGGAAUUAAGAUGAGUACUCUUAUUGUGAAUCAUCCUUUUCCUGUCGUAAGGCGGUCUGAAAAUUACGAGCCUUGUAUCUGGGACGACGAUUUUGUGCAGACCUUGGCCACUGAUUACACGAAAGAACGUUUUAACGGACGAGUGAAUGAGUUGAAAGGAAAUGUGAUAGAGAUGUUGAAUGAUGUUGCUAAGCCUAAUUUAGAUCAACUCGAGCUAAUUGAUAAUUUGCAAAGACUUGGAUUGGGUUAUCAUUUUGAGAAAGAAAUAAAGAGUGCCUUGAUGAAGAUAUAUGAGGAUCAGAGUUCUGAGACCUUGAAAAGGAAUGAUUUGCAUGCUGCAGCUCUGAGAUUCAGACUUCUCAGACAACAUGGAUAUGAUAUCUCACAAGAUGUUUUUGAGUACUUUAUGGUGGAUGGAAGCUUCAAAGGUUGCCUUUGCGAAGAUGCUAAAGGAGUCUUAAGUUUGUACGAGGCGUACUACUUCUCCUCUGAAGGAGAGUCUAUUAUGGAGGCUGCAUGGAGCUUUACAUCUAAAACCCUGACAGAAAUUUUAGACAAUAUAACUGAUCCGAAUCUUAGCAUUAAAGUGAGACAUGCCUUGGAACUUCCAUUGAAUUGGAGGAUGCCAAGAUUAGAGGCCAGGUGGUAUAUAGAUUUCUACGCAAGAAGCAACAACAUGAAUCCUGCAUUACUAGAGCUUGCCAAGUUGGACUACAACAUUUUGCAAGGAUUAUACCAAAAGGAGCUUAAAAUUGCAUCAAGAUGGUGGAAGGAACUAGAUGUGUCCACGACAUUAAGCUUCGCUAGAGAUAGGCUGGUGGAAUCCUUCAUAUGGAUGGUGGGAAUUAUCCCUCAACCACAAUUUGGGUAUUGCAGAAUUGAAGUAGCUAAAGCAAUACAAAUGAUCUCAGUUAUAGAUGACAUAUAUGAUAUUUAUGGUACUGUGCAUGAACUCGAACUCUUCACCGAUGCCAUUGAAAGGUGGGAUAUAAAUUCUGUACAACUUCUUCCAGACUACAUGAGGAUUUGUUUUCUCGCGCUUUACAACAUGGUGAAUGAGACAGUUCACUACAUUUACAGGGAACAGAAUGUUGAUGUUUUACCAAACCUAAAAAAAGUGUGGAUUGAUCUGGUGAAAUGUUACUUGGUGGAGGCACGGUGGUAUCAUAGUGGAUAUACACCAACACUGGAAGAGUACUUGGAGAACGGCAAAUUGUCAAUAGCAUUACCUAGUGUUGCAACUCAAUCUUACAUUUUCUCAGCGAAUCCAAUUGAAAAGGAAGCAUUAGGGUUUCUGGAGGACAUGCCUGAUAUAUUACACUCAUUAGGAACACUAUGUCGAAUAGUCGACGAUUAUGGAACCUCCUCGGAUGAGAUAGCGAGAGGAGACGUUCCCAAGUCGAUCCAGUGUCACAUGUUUCAUAACGGAACUAGUGAAGAAGCUGCGCGAGCUGAAAUGAGGGCCUUAAUGAGGAAGAAAUGGAGAGAGAUAAAUGCUUGUCGAGGUCGGGACAUGCCAUUGUCAAGCCCUAAUAUUGAGACAAUGUUAAAUGUUGGUAGAUCAGCUCACUACAUUUACUAUGACAGUGAUGGAUAUGCUGGUCAAGAUGGUAAAAGCAAGGAUAUGUUUCUUUCACUCAUGGUUCAGCCUGUCCCCCUGUAAGGCAGAGUGAAAUUUCCUGUUUCAGCUCAUUUUAGUUGCUACAGAUGUUUCAAUAUUGUUCUCGUGUUUCAGCUAUUUGUGUGAUGAGCUGAGAUUCAUAUGUAUUUUUUUCGUUAAUAGAGUAGUUAAGUGUGUGCUUUGUUUAUCAACCCGCUUUCAUAGUAA